AGUAGCCCGAAGAGGAAGAGAGAGUGAGAGGCGAAAGUAAAGGGCUUCUGUCUUGAACAGGGGGCGAACGUCUCUUUUCUUUCCUUUUCUGUGUCUGGUGGUGCGCGGCUCUAGAACUGCCUAUGUGGCUCUCGGUGUGCAAUGACCACCGUUACCCCCAAAAUACCCUUCAAAACAUGGCUGCGGCUGCACGGCAAGGCAAUUUGUCAGGCCCUGCCGCUGUCUUUUCUUAUCGUAGUGGAAGCGCGUGAUUUGUACUACCGUGCCACCUGGGACGUCACGCCGAUCCCACCGGCCAAGUUCGAGGUGGGGGAUGUAGUGGCUCUGUGCAAUCGGUGGUACACGCUGCCCACCUGGGGCCACCUCGUGUACAGUUGGAUCUCAAAGGUGUUGCUGAAAUCCUGCUGGGAUGACGUGGCGGUGGUGUCGAGCGUGAAGGACGGCAAGCCGAACGUCCUCUACGCGGACUUCACCGGCGUACACGAGAUGCCGCUCGACGCCUUUCUGGAGGUACGGUGCCCGCGCGGAGCAGCGGUGCGCAAGCUGCAUAGGGACGUCGGCGUUCCCCCGCUCAGCCCCAACAUCGCGGAACUCUUCAAGAAGGAGGUGGGGAAGCUGCCGGUGGAGCCGUGGUACCUGUUCUCGGCGAGCAUGCGCGCCAACACGGAGCACCGUUAUUACGAGUUCUGCGUCGGCAUGCACGAGCAGCGGUGUAAGAUCCGGUCCAUGCUGGAACGGAAGCAAUCGAGACAGGCGAUCGAGGCGCAGCGGGAAACGUUGAAGGAGAUGGAUGUGAUGCGGCUGCACUUAGCGAAGUUCGUGGCGCCCGUAACUUCAUUCCACCUCUUUAACGGUUCGUUGGUGGCUUCGUUUUUUGCCACCUACGGCCUCCUCGACCGCGACGUGCCUUCGCCGUCGCGCUACGUACCGCAGGACUUUGCCCACGACAUUCCCUUUCUCGGCGCGACGACGCUCGAAGAGCCGGUCGUUUUCUUCAAGAACUGA